CCCGGCCCAGCGGAGCCGCCACGUGCUUGCAGACGCAGCUGCUGCCAGGCACCCGGGGUGGUGCAGACGUGCGGCCGGAGCUCUGGGGCAGACAGAGCUCGGGCAGCCGGGCCGCAACUGGCAGCAUGGCAGCGGCGGCCGGACCCUGGCUGGGCGGCCGGGCGGCAGCGGCAGCGCUGCGAGGUCUGCUGGGCGGCUGCCUUUGGGGAGUCCCGGCUCCCGCUCCGGCCGCCGCGAUCCUCAGCUGCAGUGCCAGGGGCUUCUGCACGGCGGCCGGAGCUGCCGCGGACAUGAAGAGUUAUCUGUGGGAGCGCUACAGGGAGGCCAAGCGGAGCACGGAGGACCUGGUGCCUUCAAUUAUGAGCAACUUGUUGAAUCCAGAUGCAAUUUUCUCCAACAAUGAAAUGAGCCUGUCAGACAUUGAGAUCUAUGGCUUCGAUUAUGACUAUACUCUCGUAUUUUAUUCUAAGCACCUCCACACCCUCAUCUUCAAUGCUGCUCGGGACCUCCUCAUCAAUGAGCAUCGGUAUCCUGCAGAGAUAAGGAACUACGAAUAUGACCCAAAUUUCGCCAUUCGUGGUCUCCAUUAUGAUGUACACCGGGCCAUAUUGAUGAAGAUUGAUGCUUUCCAUUACAUCCAGCUGGGAACUGUGUACAGAGGGCUCAGUGUUGUCCCUGAUGAAGAAGUCAUUGAAAUGUAUGAAGGCUCCCACGUGCCCCUUGAACAAAUGAGUGAUUUCUAUGGAAAGAGCUCUCAGGGAAACACCAUGAAGCAGUUUAUGGACAUCUUCUCCUUGCCAGAGAUGACCCUCCUUUCUUGCGUCAAUGAGUAUUUUCUGAAGAACAACCUCGAUUACGAGCCUGUGCAUCUCUACAAGGAUGUCAAGGAUUCGAUCAGAGACGUGCACACCAAAGGGAUCAUGUAUAGAGCGAUUGAAGCAGACAUCGAGAAGUAUAUCUGCUACGCUGAGCAGACCCGAGCGGUGUUGGCCAAGUUGGCAGAUCAUGGCAAGAAGAUGUUCCUUAUCACCAAUAGCCCCAGCAGCUUCGUGGACAAAGGAAUGCGGUACAUCGUCGGGAAGGACUGGCGGGAUCUGUUCGACGUUGUUAUCGUUCAGGCCGAGAAGCCUAACUUCUUCAAUGACCGGCGGAGACCAUUCCGUAAGGUGACCGAAAGAGGCGUACUUCUCUGGGAUAAGAUCCACAAGUUGGAAAAAGGCCAGAUUUACAAACAGGGCAAUUUAUAUGAAUUUCUGAAGCUUACUGGAUGGAGGGGGUCCAAAGUGUUGUAUUUUGGAGAUCACAUAUACAGUGAUCUGGCUGAUUUAACCCUGAAACAUGGCUGGCGGACAGGGGCCAUUAUUCCUGAGCUGAGAUCAGAGAUCAAGAUCAUGAACACGGAGCAGUACAUUCAGACCAUGACCUGGCUGCAGACCCUGACUGGAUUAUUGGAACAGAUGCAGAUUCACAGAGAUGACACAUCGCAGAUGAUUUUGCAGGAGUGGAAAAAGGAAAGAAAGGAGAUGAGAGAAAUGACCAAAAAUUUCUUCAACUCCCAGUUUGGAAGCUUGUUUCGCACAGACCAGAACCCCACCUACUUCCUGAGGCGCUUGUCUCGAUUUGCUGAUAUCUACAUGGCGUCUCUGAGCUGCCUCCUGAGCUAUGAUGUCAGCCACACAUUCUAUCCCAGGAGGACUCCCUUGCAGCAUGAACUUCCAGCCUGGUCUGACAAGCCCCCAGCGGGGGACUUCAGGAUCCCCUUUACACAAGGGGUGGCCCAGGCCAAGUAACCAAAUAAACCACUCGAGGUGGGCGGACAUUGAGGCAUUAAUACCAAUGAGAGUAUAAACGUAGCUUUUUAAGGAAGUAUGAAUAUUGUAUUUCGCUAUUUAUAUGGUUUUAUCUGGUGAAUAAAUUUCUUUGUUUUGAUAGAAUAGGAAUUCAGAAUUAACUGGUCUAACUCUCUUCUGGUCUGUAGGUCCUAUUAAUGAUAAUGGGAAUUAUGGACACCCAGAAGAGGGGAAAGUAGAGCCCCGCCAAGUUUCUGUUGGCUGAAAGAUGAGCUUCAUAUUGAAAGUCUAUUUAUUCAGCCUUUUGGUUUACAAAGGCCUUGGAGCUGAAUGUUUCUGGGAUAGAUAAGGCCCUUUUUGUACUAGUUCUAGAGUGUCGUACUUGGUCGAGUUUUGACAGUGUUGAAACAAUUGUGUUUCUUGAUCAUUCAUUCAGCAGCUCCCUACUGGGUACCUAAUAUGUACAAGGCAUCAUGGGAAACAGAUACAUAAGUCUUCAUCCUUGCCGUCAGAGAGGUUACAAAGGGGAUGCAGCCUAUUAUAGUGGAAACAGCAGAAGACUUCGGUUGGAAUUCCACUUCUGGUUCUUGUUAGCUGUGUGACCAUGGGCAAAUUGAUGAGGCUCUGAGCUUCAAUUUUCUUACCUCUAAAAUGGGAAUAAUCUUAUAGUAAGAGAGCCCAUUGUAGAUUGGGUAAAAGAGCUGGCCUCAAAGCUGGAGUUUGAGUUCAAGAUCCAUCUCUGACGCAUACCGGUUUUGUGACCCUAGGUAAGUCACUUAUUUGCCCAUAGGCAGUGCUCCUAGACUAUGUUAUAGAUAGCAGAGAGGCACCAAGCUGCAUUAGUAGAGGGAGUUUAUCCCCUAUCUAAAUCUUCGUGGGUCACAGAAUUGUUGUGAUACUCAAAUGAGAUAAUAGAGUGUCCCCAAGGUCUUUAAGAGGGUAAAACCGUAUUAAGACUUUCAGGACUCCCCCACCCCCACCAUAUACAUAAAGUGCUUUGCAAACUUUUAACCCACUGUGUGAAUAUCAGCUAUUGUUAUCAUUGUAAUUAUAAUGUAGCCAAGUUCCAUGCUCAUGCUGGACUGCCAGGCUAAAAGCUAGAGCUCAUCCCUCCCAUCUUUGGUUUUGAGACUUAUUUUGGUACUUCUUUUUUAAUGUGGACAUACCUCGAACCCUGGGAAUUCGCAACACUUCAAAGAAAGUGAAGCCCUGGCUCCUGGGAGGACUCGAGGCUGGAAGAUGAAGUAGGUGGCUAAUUUCCUCACCCUCCCUCAUCCUCCUUCAGCCACCUCCAUACCAGGGGCACACCAACAGUAUCAUGACUCACAGAGGAGAGCCUAUGCCUAGCUGCCACAAAGAAUUUUUUUUCCCUGACAAAGGCAUCUUGGAUAAAUAAUCAUCCCAGGCUACCAAGAAGAAUUCAGGGCUGGAGGUGGGUUGUGGUUCUCAUUUAAGGAAGGUUAUAGAUUCACGUGCAAAAUAAGACAGCAGGAGGAUGAGAAUAUCAGGAAACAGUUUGAAACAAUCCACAUGAAUUAUCCAAAAGCUGUUAAAAAAGCAAAAAACUACGUCAGUCUCAUGGUUUGCUACUAAAGAUGGGAUGAAGGCACAAGGAGAAUCUUUUUGUAACAAACUUACGUGAUCCUCCCACCUCCUCUUAAAUGUUAUUAAAAUGAAUGCACAGAUAGCAAGCCUAAUAUUAAUCCACAAGACCCCAGGGCAGGCAACAGACUAGAAUGAAAUUAGCAGUGCUGGGGAAAGAGGGAGAUGUUGCUCAUGCAUCGUCUCAGACCCUUGACUUUGGGGUCUUUUGUAUACUUUCUUAGUGAGUGGUUUGGGGGUUGAGGUGAUUCUUGCAUUGUUGGUUGAGCAGUGCAGGGUUUCAGCAGUUCCUAACCUUUUUUUGUGUCAUGGACUCAAAGUCUUUGUUGAAUAAUAUUUUUAAAUGCAUGAAAUAAAAUGCAGAAGACUC